CGGCGCUCUCCCGGGGUAUAGAUCUCCAGCGCUCGCUGCUGGAUCUCAUUCUGGAAGCGGUCUCCGUCUGAGUUAGACGUGUAUUUUCCAAUCCUCCCGUUUUCUAUACUUCGCAGCCGGAACUCAACCAGAUAGACAAGAUGGUGUCCAAAAAGUUGACAGCAACCACCCUGGUGACGCUCGUGAUUGCUUCAGUGGUCAGCAGCACUUUGGCUGCUUCCAUGGACUCCGAAGAAGUCCGGAAGUUCCAUUCAAAGCCCAACAACGUCAAGAAACAACAGCUGGUUGAACCCGCUCCCGAUGUCAAACAGGACAAACCUGCCGCUAACGGAGGAGCUUUCCAGUGGGGAGACAUCCUCGGCGUCAUCGUCCAGCUGCUGAUUGGCGGUCCAGUGAACGGAGGUCCCCAGGGAGCCUCUGACAAGAUGGACUACAUAACCCAGCUCACGACUGGUGAAUUCUCCUGGUCAAAGGUCUUCUCGCUCGGCCUUCAGCUCGUCCUUAGCGUCCUUGGAGGAGGAGACAACGCAGCCAUCGACAAGAUGGACGUAGGAUCCCCCCUUGAGGGACUCCUCACUCACGUCCUUUCAUACCUGACCGGUUCCACAGACCCUACCGAAGUUGGCGUUAUGGCUAAGCAGACUUCCGAGGUCAUCAACUUGGUGGUAACUCUCCUGGACGCCCUUCGCACCUCCUUCUCCAAGAGGUCCUUCGAAUCUCGCUCCCUGGGAACUACUGAUCCCUUGGCCGACGCUGCUGUAGCUGCCACGACUAUGCUGAAGAGCUACAUCAUGACAUACGGAACCGACGACGAUCUCUGCAUGCAGAAGUACCUCUGCGAGGCCAACAGCGACUGCGUCUACGGAACCGGUGACACCGGCUACCUCUUCUGCCAGAUGGGAACAUACGGGCUGAGCUACGUCCUAGAGAGGAGCACCUACACGCCCUUCGAAAUCUACAACGACGCCGGCAGGAGAGGCCGCAUCGGCGAGAACUGCGUCGAAAUCUAUAGCGAAUGUAAUGAAGUUGUUUAAAAACGAAAAGAAACAAGAAAAAAAAAAAAAAGUUUCUCUCUCUAGUUCUGUUCGGUGGAAUUCAAACAAUACUCAACGCUAGAACGGUUUAUUAAAUGGUUUCUCACGAUUUAAAAAACAAUAUAAGAUACAUUUCUAAAAAGACUUAAUAUCUUGAAUAUAUUAUGAAUUCGGUGGAUUGUAUAUAAUUUUCAAAACGAGGAGUCAUCGUUUCAUUUUUUUUCUUAUUUUUUUUUAUUCAAAAUUCCAUCGAGCAGAAUAUUGUUGAUUGUCUUUUGAUCAUUGUAAACGUUUUUAUCAUGAUGAGAGUUGUAAUAGAAACAAUGAUUGUAUCUGUUAUUUAUUUAUAUAUAUUCUGAGAAAAACAAAACCAUUUUGUUCCAUGAGACGCCACUGACUCGAGACCAACUGACCUGUACAGACUUAUUUUAUAUUUAAUAUAAUAAUAUUCAGACUCCUUGUUAAGGUAGCAACAAAGGUCGCGUGUCCUCCCCACCACACCAUCAAUCCAUUAGACCCAUGUAACUGAUUCCCUACUCCCUCCCUAAUCCAUUAGACUUAUAGCCAACUCCCUACUCCCUCCCUACUUCAUUAGACCUAAAGUUAGCUCCCUACUACUAACUCCCUCCCUAACCCAAACCCCAACUUUCGCGCCCUAAUCUACUAGACCUAUAGAGUUGACCCGCAGCCCUUGUGACGACAAACUUGUUACCUCAUAUUUAUAUAGAUUCAUUCUCUCUUCAAUGUCUCUAUUUAUGUGUGUUAUUGUAGCUCUUUAUUUAUUUACAUUAAUUUUAAGACUUAUAUACAUAUUA